GAUUGAAGACGAUCAUAAUAAUCUGGCGGCCAUCUUUGCUGAGGUCGUAGAGGGAGAGAGGGAGUGAAGACGGAGAAGAACCGCAUCACUAACCGCCCGUGUUUCUGUUGAUUCAGGCCGGAAUGAUCCGUGCGGGUCCCGCUCGUCCUUCUUCCAGAAACCCGCUCCACUGGAGCUGUGAGCUGCGGAGCUAGCCGCGGCUAGCCGGACCAGCUAGCUGUUGGAUGACCGAGCAGUGGUCGUCAGAGGCGGACUGAGAGCUCAGCUCUGCCCGCCCCCGGGGGUCACAGCAGCUGAGUGGUUUAUGUUGAUUUGACAUUAAACACGUUAUGAACCGUUCAGGUUCAACUCUUUUUAGAUUCAGAGUCUGGAUCGAGUUUCGCCCCGGUUAGCUGGAGCUUAAUCCCGCUGUGGAAACCCCGUGAACUGACUCUACCUUCCACCGUGAAGGGGCCUGAUCAGUGCGUUGGAUCCCGAAGAGAGGAGCUGAGAGUCGGAUGAUAGCGGGUGGAUUGUCUGGUCGCAGGUCCUCCUCGUCUACCUCAGACUCACGGCUUGUCUCUGCAGCGCUGGCCCGAUCACACCUGGGUUCACCUGUUGUCCCGGUGUGACCGGUUCACACCGGGACUGUGUGAGGAGUCCUGCCCGGAACAUGCUGCCGGUCCUCGCCGUCAAGCACCAGUCGAAGCAGCUGUAACGUGUCCGUCACGAUGGGACCUGAGAGCAAACUGUUCCUCAGCGUUUUCCUCAUCUCCUGCUCCUCAGAUAACCUCUAGUGAUUGGCUGACAGCUCUGAUACGUUCACAUGAAGAAGCAGGUGAGUCCAGACUCUGAUGGACUGUGUCUCCUCCUCAGGUGCCAUUUUGGGUCGCUCAGAGACUCAGAAGUGUGUCCACUACAACUACAGCCCUAAUUCUUCCUCCUCAUCUUCCUCGGCGUUGGAGGGUCGGGGGAACAUCAGCAGAGUGAUAACCUGCUCUGGGGAAAAAGAUAAGAGGUUGCACUGCUUCGCCACCUGGAAGAACGUCUCUGGAGCUGUGAAGGUGGUGAAGCAGGGCUGCUGGCUGGAUGACGUCAACUGUUAUAACAGGAGCGAGUGUGUGGAAAAGAAAGAUGGUCCUGAAGUCUUCUUCUGCUGUUGUGACGGCAUUUUGUGUAACGACAAGUUCUUCUAUAGCCCCAACAUCAGCUGGCCACCCACGACGAACAAACCAGUGGAGUCUCCACCUCCAUUGCUGUCCACGCUCAUGUACUCAUUGGUUCCCAUCAUGGCUGUCACCGCCAUUGUCCUCUUUUCCUUUUGGAUGUACCGGCACCACAAACUGGCCUACCCACCUGUACUAGUGCCCACACAGCACGCCUUUCACAUAAUGAUAGAGGACCCCGGACCCUUUCCCCCCUCCCCCAUCCUUGGUCAAAAGCCCCUGCAGUUACUUGAGAUCAAAUCCAGGGGGCGUUUCGGCUGCGUGUGGAAGGCUCAGCUGCUCAGUGAAUAUGUGGCUGUCAAAAUCUUCCAAAUACAGGACAAACAGUCAUGGCAGAACGAGUUGGAGAUCUUCAACAUGAACGGGAUGAGACAUGAAAACCUGCUGCGCUUCAUCGGUGCUGAGAGAAGAGGAAGUCACAUGGUCACGGAGCUUUGGCUCAUCACCGCCUUCCACGAUAAGGGUUCUCUAACCGACUACCUGAAGGCAAACGUUCUCUCCUGGUCUGAGCUGUGUGUCAUCGCUCAGUCCAUGUCCAGAGGUCUCGCCUACCUGCACCAAGACAUACCUGGACACAAGGAUGGACACAAGUCCGCCAUCGCACACAGGGACUUCAAGAGUAAGAACGUUCUGCUGAAGUCCGACCUGAGCGCCUGCAUCGCGGACUUCGGCCUUGCUCUCAGGUUUGAGGCGGGGAAGUCUCCGGGAGACACCCACGGACAGGUUGGGACCAGGAGGUACAUGGCCCCUGAGGUCCUGGAGGGGGCGAUCAACUUCCAGAGAGAUGCCUUCCUCAGGAUCGACAUGUACGCUGUGGGCCUGGUGCUGUGGGAGCUCGCUGCUCGCUGCAAGGCUGCUGACGGUCCGGUGAAUGAGUACAUGCUGCCGUUUGAGGAGGAGGUGGGUCAACAUCCGACUCUGGAGGACAUGCAGGAUGUUGUCGUCCAUAAUAAGCUAAGACCGACACUCAGAGAGUGCUGGAAGAACCAUGCUGGCCUGGUGUUGUUGUGUGAGACCAUCGAGGAAUGCUGGGACCUUGAGGCUGAGGCCCGACUGUCGGCCGGCUGCGUGGAGGAGCGAAUCGUUCAGAUGCAACGACAGACGAAUGUCACGAUGCCCGAGGACAUUGUCACGGUUGUCACCAUGGUUACCAACGUGGACUACUUGCCAAAAGAGUCAAGCCUAUGACGAGACACGGGCCUAUCAGGAUGAAGCAGGGACUCCUGCUAAGGUGACUGCCGGGUGCUCAGGGGACCUCCAGGUGCUCAGUUGAUUUGUUGGACGCUCAGGUGACCUCUGGCGACCUCUGGCUGCAGGUGAGUGUCAGACUGAUGAGCAGCUCUUGAACCUGGAGAACAACAUGGUGGAGAGUCUCUGUCAUCACUUCCUGUGACCUUUUUUGACGAUCCAAACACUUUUAUUUCAGAAUAAAAGGGCGACUUAAGUUUGUCUAAUGUGAUGAUGAUGUCAACAACAAAUGUCUUCUGAAUGUCUGUUUCACUGAUUUUUGUGUUUGUAUGUAUGUGAAUAUAUAUAUAUACUUCAAUUUACAGAUUAAGUUUAUUUUGAGAAUUAUGAUUAUUAUUAUUAUAUACAGAUAUAGGGAUGUCACAAUACAAAAUAUUUAUUAAUCAAUACACAUACCAUGAUACGAUUCUCUAUGCCAUAUUUGAUACCAGGGCAAAAAACAGAACAUCUCACUUACUUCAACACGCACUCUUUAAUCAAUAACAUUUGAACACACAAAAAACAACAGUGGCUAUAUGUAGUCUUCAUGAAUAUAUUAUGAUUGUAUAUUAUGAUAUACAAACAUAUACAGAUUGCUUUAUACCUGUAUACAGACUAUUAUGAUAUACAAAUGAUUAUUAUGAUAUACAUGUAUACAUAUAUUGUUAUUAUAUAUGUAUAUACAGAUAAUUGUUUUUAUUAUACAGUAGAAAUAACUCUCGUUAGAUCAUCAGCUGAUUUAAAUUCAAAUAAAAAAAAAGUAAGUUUAUUUCUA